AUGCUCACAAAAACUCAGAUCAAUAAAUUGGAAAAAGCAAUGAGCCAAGGUGUGGGUUCAGAUAUUAAGAUAUCAAAAACACAAAUUAGAAAAGCUAUUAAACAUGGUGGUAGUUUGUGGGGAUCAUUAGUAAGUUUAGGAAGUAGGUUGUUACCUAUGGCUAUGCCUCUAGCUAAAAAGGCUAUUGCACCGAUUGCAACAGGCGCUUUAUCCGGCUUAGCCAGUCUUGAUGUGGAUAAAAUAUUUGGAAAGCGUGUACAACAAGGAGGUUUUCUUAUUCCACAGGAUAAAAUAGCACAAUUUAUUGCGCAUAAACACCUUCUAUCCACAGGUCAGAAAAAGGAUAUUCUUAAUGCUCUCCAGUCAGGUGGUCAAUUGAUUAUCAAACCGACUAGAACUCAGUAG